ACACAAAGCUCUCAACCGCUACCUUUACCUGCACCUCCAACCCAGACGAAAGAUGGAGAAGGUGCAUUAAGAACAGCUAAUGAUGAUUCGAUCGCCAAAUUUGAUAAUUUAGGACCGAUGGUAGUCAAUUCAGAUGGAACAAUUUCACGCAUACAUAAUUGGCAAACGAUGACUGAUGCCGAAAGAGAAAGAACAGCCAGAUUAGUCAACAAGAGAAAUCAAACACGAUUGCAAGCAUUACGUGAAAGUGCGAGGAAC